GAGACUCUUCACAUGGUAUGAAGACGUGUAACAACAUUGCACAAAACCUUAGAGAUGCCUCAUGGAUUCCGCGUUUCAUUCAUCCUGCACAAUCUCCUGAUCUCAACCCUUUGGAAGACAUAUGGUUGCUGUUAAAACAGAAAGUCAAGAAGAGGAUAAAGUGGCCAAGGAGAGGUCAAUGGCCUUGGGAUGGGACUAAAAGAAUGCUCAAGAAUCUCCUUACAAAGGCUUGGGAUGCUAUUACUAUGGAACAGAUUAGGAGAAGAAUCAAAGAGAUGCCAGAAAGGUCCAAGAAGAUGAGUGUCACGGGCACCCCUGCGCCAGGCGCGCGGACCGGCGCUGGAUCAGCAUGAAGAGUACCAUGGUGGAGCUGUCUUUUGGUCACCUUGUGCGCGGAAGGAGGCAGAGGUGUGCUAUGAGGUAUUCAAGAGACUUGAGCAUGAGGAAGCACUUGCAAAGGCCAACAAGAAAGAGCUACAGGCUCAAACAAAGCUACUUAAUGAGAAACUCAAGGAGGAGCGACGUGUAAAGCAAGAGGCAGCCAAGUUAGUGCGCAAGAGGGCAGCUGCAAAGAAGGCCACACAAGUUGUUGAGCACAAGGCGGAACAACAGCACCAAAAGGAAGCUUGCAACACUCCAAAAGCUAUACAAAAGCCCCAAUUAGGCAAGCGCAAAGCCUCACAGCAACAAGCAGCAAAAAAGCUAAAGAAAUAUGGUAGUGCGGCUGCCUGUAGUAGUGUGUCGCUGUGGCCGCACCUCCACACUUCCAGCACGUGAUGUAUAAGCAAAGUUGCUCAGUUAGGUCUAUAGAUCCCUCCACCAAAAAGCC